UAGAAUGCGUUUAUAACAAAUGGUAAGGAUUUUGGGCAGCGUCGCUCCAGUGGGCGGAGCAAGUGGAAUGGCACAAUCUACAAUUAAAGAUGAACUUUGUGUGAACUAAUUUAUCUGACCAAGGUAACAGGAGGGCCGAGACCUGCAAACGGGUAUAAAAGGAGGAAUAAACCUUGGGGUCUAACACACUAGCCGAGAGCACAUACUUUGAGUAUCUUUCUUUUUGCAAAGGGGGGUGAGAAGGCAUUAUUGUCUUGCAGCAGUCGCUUACGCCUAUUUAAAAAAUGGUUUGGUACACACUGUUUGCAACUUUUCUUUGUACGCUUGUGCUUCCAGUUUUGCUGUUUCUAGCUGCUGUUAAGCUAUGGGAAAUGUAUAUCGUGAGUGGACGGGACCCUAAAUGCCAGAGUCCCCUUCCGCCAGGUACUAUGGGGUUACCAUUCCUUGGCGAGACUCUCCAAAUGGUCUUACAGAGACGAAAAUUUUUACAGAUGAAACGCCAGAAAUACGGUUUCAUCUACAAAACCCAUCUCUUCGGUAAUCCCACUGUGCGGGUUAUGGGAGCUGAAAAUGUCAGGCAGAUUUUAAUGGGGGAACAUAAACUUGUUGCUGUUCAGUGGCCAGCCUCUGUAAGGACCAUUUUGGGCUCCGGUUCUCUCUCCAAUCUACACGACUCCCAGCACAAAAACAGGAAAAAGGUAAUAAUGAAGGCAUUCUCCACGGAUUCCUUUCAACAUUACAUCCCAGUGAUCGAGGAAGAAGUGAGAAGCGCGGUUUCAGAGUGGCAGGAGAACUGCUCCUGCGUUCUGGUCUACCCCGAGGUGAAGCGACUGAUGUUCCGCAUCGCUAUGAGGAUCCUCCUCGGCUUUGAGCCAGAACAGAUCAAGAGAGACGAGCAUGAGUUGGUGGAUGCGUUUGAGGAAAUGAUUAGGAACCUAUUCUCUCUUCCUAUUGACGUCCCUUUCAGCGGCUUAUACAGAGGUCUGAAGGCUCGCAAUUUUAUCCAUUCAAAAAUCGAAGAAAACAUCCGAGCAAAGAUUUCCAAGCGUCACGAAGAAAGCCAAUACAAAGAUGCGCUUCAGCUGUUGAUUGAGAACUGUGAGAAAAACGGAGAGCCGCUCAGCAUGCAGGAGCUGAAGGAGUCUGCAACUGAAUUGCUUUUUGGAGGUCACGAAACUACAGCCAGCGCUGCCACAUCUCUGGUGAUGUUCCUUGGUCUGCACCAGGAGGUGGUUGAAAAUGUGAGAAAAGAGCUUCACGCAAAGGGAAUUUUGGGGAGCAACUCUCAAGAUAAACAAAUGGACAUUGAAAUGCUGGGACAGCUUAAGUACACGGGAUGUGUCAUCAAAGAGACUCUGCGGCUAAGCCCCCCUGUCCCAGGAGCUUUCCGGGUGGCUCUUAAGACUUUCACGUUAAACGGCUAUCAAAUCCCCAAAGGAUGGAAUGUCAUUUACAGUAUUUGUGACACGCAUGACGUAGCUGAUAUUUUCCCUGACAAAGAGGAGUUUAACCCGGAGCGCUUCAUGACCGGCUCUCCAGAAGAUUCUUCCCGGUUUAAGUACAUCCCAUUCGGCGGGGGCUCCAGGAGCUGUGUGGGCAAGGAGUUUGCCAAGAUCCUCCUCAAGAUAUUCUUAGUGGAGCUAACAAAGAAAUGUAGCUGGACACUCCUGAACGGACCCCCGACAAUGAAAACAGGCCCAACCAUUUAUCCAGUGGACAAUCUCCCCACCAAAUUCAGCAGUUUUAUUGAUAAUUUUAACUAAAUCUGCAUAAAAACUAAUGCAAAAAAUGUUAACUAUUAUGGUAGAAAUGAAAUUGUAAAUAGUGCCGCCUUAAAUAAUUUUAGACAAAACUGAUAUGUUAUCUUGAAUAUUUUAUAUUUAACUUGUAUAUUUGUAAUACAAUAUAUCUAUAUAUAGA